AUGGCGGCGGCUCUGGAGCGGGCGCUGGGCCCGGCAGCGCCCGGGCGAGGCUCGGAGGCGGCGCUGCCGCCGGUGCCGGUGCUGGUGCUGGGCCCGGCGGGCUCGGGCCGCACCUCGCUGCUGCUGCGGGCGGCGCUGGCGGGCGGCGCCGACGGGCCCCGAGCGCUGUUCCUGGCGCCCAGCGCCGUCCCGCGGCUCCCGGGAGGGCCCGGCGGGCCCGGCACCGACCCGAGGGCGCUGCAGCGCCUGCAGCUGCGCUACCCCCGCUCUCGGCUGUCGCUGUGUCGCGAGCUGCUGUCGCUGUCGCUGUCGCCGUCCCCUCCUCCCUCCCUGCUGCUGCUGGACGGGCUGGAGCGCUACCUGUGCCCGUCCCCGCGCGUCCCCUCGGUGUCCCCGGCCGUCCCCUCGCGGCUGGCGGCGCUGCUGCUGGAGCUGGCGCGCGCCCCCCCGCGGUGUCCCCGGUGUCCCCGCGGUGUCCCCGCGCAGGUGGUGGCGGCGCUGCGGCUGCCCCCGCCCGGGCCGCGCGUGCUGGGGCCGCUGCUGCGCUUCUUCCCCGCGCGGUGCCACCUCAGCCCCGACACCGCGGGGGACACCGGAGGGGACACGGGAGGGGACACGGGAGGGGACACCGGAGGGGACAGACGGCGCCGCCACGUGCGGGUGACGCUGCGGUGCCCCGGCAAUGCCACACGGAGGUGGCGGCUGCGCCUCGGGGACAGCGGGGACGGUGACAGCGACAGGGAUGGGGACAGCGAUUGGGACAGAGAGGGUGACAGCGAUUGGGACAGCCCUGGGGACAGCGAUGGGGACAGCGAUGGGGACAACGAUGGGGACAGCGGCGGCGAGGAGGAGUGGAUGUGA